AUGGCGACCACAGCAUCCAAUCAUUACAACAUUCUCACCUCCAGCGCCUCGAUUGUGCACUCGGAGUCCGGGAGUAUGCAGCAAGCCACGGCGUACAGGGACGCGCAAACCCUGUUGCAAACUGACUACUCACUGCAGAGCAACAGUCACCCGCUCAGCCACGCGCACCAGUGGAUCACGGCGCUGUCGCACGGAGAAGGGGCUCCGUGGUCGACCAGUCCGCUCGGCGAGCAGGACAUUAAACCCGCGGUGCAGACCACUAGGGACGAGAUGCACAACUCCAGCAAUCUCCAGCAUCAGUCGCGGCCGCCCCAUCUGGUCCACCAGACGCACGCGAAUCACCACGACGCCAGGGCAUGGAGAACGACCACGGCGGCGCACAUACCGAGCAUGGCAACAUCCAACGGACAGAGCCUCAUCUACUCGCAGCCGGGAUUCAACGUCAAUGGACUAAUCCCGGGGAGCGGACAGGGGAUGCAUCAUCACAACAUGCGCGACGCACACGAGGACCACCACAGCCCGCACCUCAGCGACCACGGCCACCAGCCGUCCCAGCACCAGCAGCACCAGCACCAGAGCCACCACGACCACUCGGACGAGGACACGCCGACCUCCGACGACUUGGAGCAGUUCGCCAAGCAGUUCAAGCAGCGGAGGAUCAAGCUGGGCUUCACGCAGGCAGACGUAGGACUCGCUUUGGGAACGCUCUAUGGAAAUGUGUUUUCCCAGACCACGAUAUGUCGGUUUGAGGCCCUGCAACUAAGCUUCAAAAACAUGUGUAAGCUCAAGCCUUUGUUGAACAAGUGGUUGGAGGAGGCCGAUUCCACCUCGGGGAGCCCCACGAGCUUAGACAAAAUCGCAGCACAGGGAAGGAAGAGGAAAAAGCGAACCUCGAUCGAGGUAACGGUCAAGGGUGCUUUGGAGAGUCAUUUCUUGAAGUGCCCCAAACCAGCAGCAUCUGAAAUAGUUUCGUUGGCGGACAGUCUGCAGCUGGAGAAGGAGGUAGUAAGGGUUUGGUUUUGUAACAGAAGACAGAAAGAGAAGAGGAUGACUCCUCCUGGAGGACAGAUCCCUGGAACCGAGGAUGUGUACGGGGACACACCACCGCACCGUGGGGUACAGACACCGGUACAAUGAACAAAGGAGGAUCACUCUCGCUUUUUUUCCUGACUGUCUCGGUUUUUAUUUAUACCUGAAAAUGUCCAGUCCGG